UUAUUUUUGAAUCAUAUAGUUACAUUAAAAAUGGCAUCUCGCAUACUCCAAAAAGCACAACUAUUAAAGAAUACACCAAUUCGUCAAACAAUUCGUAACUAUGCUUCUGAAUCAAAACAAGCUACUACUGAGAAUUUCCCUAAAGAGUCUUUUGGUAAUAAUGCUUGGAGAAAUGGCCUAAUUGCUGUUAUUGCUGGUAUUGUUUGGUAUAGAGUUGAUCAACACAUUACUCAUUCAGGCGAUGAAAAACAUCCCUUUACAAGAUGGAUUGAGUACCAUAUGUCUACUGCUGAAGAAAAAGAUGCAAUUAAUCAAGCCCAAAUAGCCGCUGCCGAAGCUGCUGCUCAGUAUAAGUUGUUCGUUCAAGAUUCUCAGCGUCCACCUAUUUAUCGUCUGAGAUAUCCUGAGUAAGUUUAACAAGAAUACAAAAGAAAUUGUACUUUUAACUAAAUGUAUAUAAUAGAGCUUUUGAACGUGCUAGUCCUC